CUCCUCUCCAUCGCCGAUCUCCCUCUUUCUUCCCCGGCGGCAGUCGUCGUCGUCGCAACUCCCUGCCGGCCUCGCCGCGCGAGCUAGUAGUCUCCCGUCGACGACGAUCGACUCAUCAGCCCCUUAUUUGUUUCUCCAUUGCCGCCGGCCGCAGACCGCCGCCGGACGACGACUGCCAUGGGGACUCAAGCACCCGAGAACCAUUCUCCUACCAAGGAUGAGAGGAGUGCUGGGGAUAAGGCGAUCGAUGACUGGCUCCCGAUCACCUCGUCCAGGAAUGCCAAGUGGUGGUACUCUGCCUUCCACAACGUCACCGCCAUGGUCGGCGCCGGCGUGCUCAGCCUUCCCUACGCCAUGUCCAAGCUCGGCUGGGGACCUGGCAUUGUGGUGUUGAUACUGUCGUGGAUCAUCACAUUGUACACGAUGUGGCAGAUGGUUGAGAUGCACGAGAUGGUCCCCGGGAAGCGGUUCGAUCGGUACCAUGAGCUCGGGCAGCACGCGUUUGGGCAGAAGCUGGGCCUGUGGAUCGUCGUGCCGCAGCAGCUCAUCGUCGAGGUGGGCGGGGACAUCGUGUUCAUGGUCACCGGAGGCAAGUCACUGAAGAAGUUCCACGACGUGAUCUGCGACGGCAAGUGCAAGGACAUCAAGCUCACCUACUUCAUCAUGAUCUUCGCCUCCUGCCACUUCGUCCUCUCCCAGCUCCCCAACUUCAACUCCAUCUCCGGCGUCUCCCUCGCAGCUGCUGUCAUGUCACUCAGUUACUCAACAAUAGCUUGGGGAGUGUCGCUGCAUAAGGGGAAGUUGCCGGACGUGGACUACCACGUUCUGGCGGCGACGACAUCAGAGAAGGCGUUCAACUACUUUGGGGCAUUGGGGGAUGUGGCGUUUGCAUACGCGGGGCACAAUGUGGUGCUUGAGAUCCAGGCCACCAUCCCAUCGACGCCGGAGAAUCCAUCCAAGAAGCCCAUGUGGAAGGGUGUCGUCGUCGCCUACAUCAUGGUUGCCGUCUGCUACUUCCCUGUCUCAUUCUUUGGAUACUGGGCCUUUGGCAACCAAGUUGAUGAUAACAUCCUCAUCACACUCAACAAACCCAAGUGGCUCAUCGCCCUCGCCAACAUGAUGGUCGUUAUCCAUGUCAUUGGCAGCUACCAGAUUUUCGCCAUGCCGGUGUUUGACAUGAUAGAGACGGUCCUGGUGAAGAAACUGCAUUUCCCUCCCGGCCUUGCACUCCGUUUGAUUGCCCGGAGCACCUAUGUUGCGUUAACAACGUUUGUAGCCAUCACUAUCCCCUUCUUCGGUGGAUUGCUCGGUUUCUUCGGUGGAUUCGCCUUUGCACCGACAACUUAUUUUCUUCCCUGCAUCAUGUGGCUUGCAAUCUACAAGCCCAAAAGGUUCAGCCUCUCAUGGUUCACCAACUGGGUCUGCAUUCUUCUUGGAGUGGUCCUGAUGAUCCUGGCACCGAUCGGAGCACUCCGGCAGAUCAUCUUGUCUGCCAAGACAUACCGAUUCUACUCCUAAACUUCCAUGUUCCAAAUUGUGAACAUGCAAGGGCUCAAUCACAUAGCCUUCUGCAAGUCCUUUGGUGUCCCAAAUAGAAGAGGAGGCUCCAAGAACCAAAACUUGUUCCAAAUGAUGAUACUUGUCAGAGGCAUGUUGUGAGUCUUCAGUUACAGAUGAAGUCCUGUGGCGGGUUCAUCAUAACCCAUGUAUUUUUUUUUGGCAAUGUUCUACGGUAGUUAUGUACUUAUGUGCGCAUAAGGAAGAAUGAACGUUGGUGGAUUCUAUUGCUUAUACAAAGCUAGAAUCUGCUUGGCCGUUGGUGUGCGUUCUGUCACUAGUAAAAAAAAUAAAUUGUUUGAGCUGCUAUUAGAGCAUCUCCAGUAGCCCCCCAUUCUCUAUGGACUGAGGAGAAAGGAGGCUUGGCAGGAAGAGGAUUGUAGCAUAAGAAGCACAGAGGUCAAUCCAUUUCAAAAUAUGGAA